ACGUGUGUUAUCCCAUCCAUUCCAUCAACACAGCCCUUACACGGGGACGGAGGAGGAGGACAGUUGCUGUGUGACAGUAGAAAAAGCAUGGAUGAUGCUAUCCUGAAGGGAUCACAUAGAUGCUGUCACUUGACUGGUUUGAAAUGGGUUUGAUAUUUUUACAAAGAAAAACAGUAUAUUUUUUAACCAAUCCAUUCACGUACCUAGAGACUGUUGAUGUUACUGUUUUGCAAAAGAAAAUGUCAACUUCAAGUAGUCUUUCAAAAAGAACAGCAGUCUGGUAAAAUCGAAAUAUAAAAGGAAAAUAAUUUCGGAGAUCGCAUCGUGUAAACUAAUCAUAAUGUAUCCAUGAGGACCAGAAGAUGCUCGAAUUUCUCUACCUCCCGGGUGCAUUUUCCGUGGUCGUGGACCCUCUUCAACUGCCAUCCGCGGGGGUCGCUUCCCUUUCCGCCCCUCUUAUGUAAUCAAUGAAUAAGACGAAUGUUUCAAGCCAGGGUUCAUUUUUUUUAUCGGAAGACAUCCACCACCAGUGUGAUACAGUCGGGGCUGCACGGACAAUGUGCAGCAGAUGUUCUAUCUUAAACAAGACGUGUGUUUACGAUGAUGGGACCGCGGACACCGACAGAGACAGACGCAACCAUGAGCCCGCUGCGUCGAUCCUCGAGAUCCCAUGGUGACAGGUCUGACUCCACGGAGACCCUCCAGAAGAACAACAGCAGCAACAGUGGAGUUAUUCUGGACAUCUCAGCCCUCAAGUUGGAGGUGGACUCUGAGGUCCCUCCUCUACCGCCCCGCUACCGCUUCAGGGACCUGCUGCUGGGGGACCAGUCCUUUCAGAAUGACGACAGGGUUCAGGUGGAGUUCUAUGUGAAUGAAAACACCUUCAAGGAGAGGCUCAAGCUGUUCUUCAUCAAAAACCAAAGGUCAAGCCUGAGGAUCCGUCUGUUUAACUUCUCCUUGAAGCUGUUGACGUGUGCCCUAUACGUCCUCAGAGUGUCUCUGGACGAUCCCGAACAGGUCACUGGUGUAUGUGUGAACUGUCAGAACCGAACAAGCACCACAGCAGAAUCUACAGAAAGCACCGAAAUCAACUGGGAUCUGAUUUUCUGGGUGAACAGAAGGGUUCCUGUAUGGGCGAUACAGGUGAUCGUGGCCUUAAUCAGUUUCCUGGAAGCCAUGCUCCUUACAUAUCUCAGCUACAAAGGAAACAUCUGGGAGCAGAUGUUCCAGAUCUCCUUCAUCCUGGAGAUGAUCAAUACCGUGCCGUUUAUAAUCACUAUCUUCUGGCCUCCAUUGAGAAACAUCUUCAUCCCAGUGUUUCUCAACUGCUGGUUAGCCAAGUGUGCCCUGGAGAAUAUGAUUAAUGAUCUCCAUCGUGCCAUUCAGAGGACCCACUCGGCCAUGUUCAACCAGGUUCUCAUCCUCAUCUGCACCCUACUCUGUCUGGUCUUCACUGGGGCGUGUGGUAUCCAGCAUCUUGAGAGAGCAUCCAAUCAGAACCUGACUCUGUUCAACUCUCUGUAUUUCUGCAUCGUCACCUUCUCUACCGUGGGCUACGGUGACGUCACACCUCAUAUCUGGCCCUCUCAGCUGCUGGUGGUUAUUCUCAUCUGUGUGGCUCUCGUGGUCCUCCCGCUACAGGACUACUAUGUGGUGAUCCUGUGCCCUACGGAGAUGGACAUCCAGGUGCGUCGUGUCCUCCAGAUCCCCCUGUGGUCCCAGAGGGUCAUCUAUCUCCAGGGCUCAGCGCUCAAAGACACAGACCUCAUGAGGGCCAAGAUGGAUGAUGCAGAAGCCUGUUUUAUCCUGAGCAGUAGGAAUGAGGUGGACCGCACUGCGGCUGACCACCAGACCAUCCUCAGAGCCUGGGCUGUAAAGGACUUUGCCCCAAACUGCCCCCUGUAUGUCCAGAUCCUCAAACCAGAGAACAAAUUCCAUGUGAAGUUUGCUGAUCACGUAGUCUGUGAGGAGGAAUUCAAGUUCGCCAUGCUGGCCCUGAACUGUGUGUGUCCAGCCACAUCCACACUGGUCACACUCCUGGUGCACACUUCCAGAGGACAGGAAGGCCAGCUGUCUCCAGAACAGUGGCAGAGGACGUACGGCCGGUGCUCGGGGAACGAGGUCUACCAUAUCCGCCUCUGUGACAGCAAGUUCUUUGGGGAGUAUGAUGGGAAGAGUUUCACAUAUGCCUCCUUCCACGCACACAAGAAGUAUGGUGUGUGUCUGAUCGGGGUGAAGAGGGAGGACAACAAGAGCAUCCUGCUGAACCCUGGUCCUCGCCACAUCAUGGCUGCCCCAGACACCUGCUACUACAUCAACAUCACCAAGGAGGAGAACAGCGCCUUCAUCUUUAAACAGGAGGAGAAGGACAACAAGGGCCUGCCGGUGGCCGGGCUGUACGAUGCCCCCUCCAGGCUGCCUGUACACAGCAUCAUCGCCAGUAUGGGGACGGUCGCCAUGGACCUCCAGAACCCGACGGACCCCCCAGAGGACAGCAGCAAGCUGACCCUGCCCACAGAGAAUGGGUCUGGAAGCAGACGGCCCAGCAUCGCCCCCGUCUUGGAGAUCGCUGACUCCUCCUCCAUCCUGCCCUGCGACCUGCUCAGUGACCAAUCAGAGGACGAAACCAACCAAUCAGACGAGGAGAGCUCGUCGGUGUCCGAUUUUGUGAAAGGAUAUCCUCCCAACUCGCCCUACAUUGGCAGCUCUCCAACCCUGUGCCAUCUCUUACCCCAGAAAGCCUCGUUCUGCUGCCUUCGUCUGGACAAGGGUUGCAGGCACAACAGUUUUGAGGAUGCCAAGGCCUAUGGUUUUAAGAACAAGCUGAUCAUAGUAUCUGCAGAGAUGGCAGGGAACGGCCUCUAUAACUUCAUCGUCCCUCUGCGGGCCUACUACCGCCCCAGGAAAGAGCUCAACCCUAUCGUCCUGCUAUUAGACUACCCGCCUGACAACCACUUCCUAGAAGCCAUCUGCUGUUUCCCAAUGGUCUACUUCAUGGCCGGAACUAUAGAUAACCUGGACAAUCUUCUGCAGUGUGGCAUCAUCUAUGCUGAUAACCUGGUGGUAGUGGACAAGGAGAGCACCAUGAGUGCUGAGGAGGACUAUAUGGCAGACGCCAAAACCAUAGUCAACGUACAGACCAUGUUCAGGCUGUUCCCCAGUCUUAGUAUCAUCACUGAGCUGACCCACCCCUCCAACAUGAGAUUUAUGCAGUUCAGAGCUAAGGACUGCUAUUCUCUGGCUCUCUCCAAACUAGAGAAGAUAGAGCGUGAUAAGGGUUCCAACCUGGCCUUCAUGUUCCGUCUGCCGUUCGCUGCAGGCAGAGUGUUCAGUAUCAGUAUGCUGGAUACGCUGCUCUACCAGUCAUUUGUGAAGGACUAUAUGAUUCCCAUAGCAAGACUUCUACUAGGCCUGGACACCACACCAGGGUCAGGUUACCUGUGUGCAAUGAAGGUGACAGAGGAGGACCUGUGGAUCAGGACGUACGGCAGGUUGUUCCAGAAGCUGUGUUCCUCCAGUGCUGAGAUUCCUAUAGGCAUCUACCGUACAGAGUCUCACAUGUUCCCCUCUUCUGAGUCUCAAGUCUCCAUCAAUGUAGAGGACACCGGCGGUGACGAUCAGAGGGACAACAGAAGCGAGUCAUGGAAGGAGAAGACCAGAACACACCGGAUGUCCACCACCAGCGAAUCAGAACACCCGUUACUGAGGAAGAAGAGCCUCCAGUGGGCGCGGCGUCUGAGCCGUAAGAACACCAAACCUCCAAGCCGCACCGAGCGGUUCUCACAGCAGCGCCUCAACCUGUACCGGCGCUCAGAGAGACAGGAGCUGUCUGAGCUGGUUAAGAACCGCAUGAAGCACCUGGGACUGCCCACUGUCGGAUAUGAUGAGAUGAACGACCACCAGAACACUCUUUCCUACGUUCUCAUCAACCCCCCUCCAGACACCAUGCUGGAGCUCAAUGACAUUGUGUACAUUAUCCGGUCUGACCCUCUGGCGGGCCCUAACGUGCCAGAGGAUCCAGCCCAAGGGCAGAGCAGCGGUGGCGGCCGGAUGAGGCAAGACUUUGGCACUGAGACCAGGGACGAGACCCACCUCUGAAACUCCCUCACCUCCCUCACCUCACCCCGAUUGCCAACCCCCGGCACAAUAUAUAUACACACACACACACACACACACACACACACACACACACACACACACACACACACACACACACACACACACACACACACACACACACACACACACA